UUGAAGGACUGUGGUAUUAGUGUCAUGGAUGCUGCUGAAUGCCCUGGCCUAUGUACUGAAGUUGUACAAUCAGAGCAUGGACUGUAUCCCAAGAAACUGUACUGUUUCAUACACCUGAGUGUUCAGGAUUUCUUUGCUGCUCUGUACGCAUAUCAUGAAUUUGAAAACCGCAGGUUUGACUCAGUGAAAUCCUUAAUCAAAAAGAAGAAUGGAAGCACUUCCAUUGAUUUUUUUUAUAUUUUCUCAAAGGUGCCCUGGACAGUGCAUUAGAUAGUAAAAAUGGACACCUGGACAUUUUCACACGCUUCCUUUUUGGGAUCUCUCACGACUCCAACCGAGACCUCCUUCAAGGACUUCUGGCAGAGACACCCAGCAGUUCAGAAUGCAACAAAAAGUUCAAGUUCAAGAUAUUGAAAAGAAAGUCCCUCUCCCCAGAGAGAUGCAUCAACCUGAUCCACUGUCUGCUUGAGCUGAAGGACCACACCAUACUGCAGAAUGACAACCAGGUAUCGUCUUCAGACAAGCCGCUAACUCCCUUUCAGUGCUCUCUGUUGGCAUUUACCUUCAUGUCAGAGAAGCCUGAAGAGUUUGACUUCAGGAAUAAACAAACUUCGGAGGACGGUUUCUACAGACUGUCUCCUGCUUUGCAGUCUUGCACUACUGCACUGCUCAACUGUUGUCACAUGACACCACUGCUAUGUGCAACUGUGGCCUCAGUUCUCCGAUCUCCAAAUUCCUGUAUUACAGUCCUGGAUCUGGGCCACAACAACCUGGGCGAUGGAGAGGUGAAACGCCUUUGUGAUGGGCUGUGGAACGCCAACUGCAAGGUGAAAACUCUGAACCUCAGGCACAACAAUGUUGGAGAGCAAGGUGUUAAGGAACUCUGCAAAGUGCUGAUUCGUCCCACCUUGAAGCUUCUGACCUUGGACCUCAGCUGCAAUGACCUUGGGGACGUGGGGUUGGAGUCCCUUGCUUUUGGCCUCUACGAGCGUUGCACACUGCAGGAACUGAGACUAUCUGGCUGUUUGAUCCCAUUGCCGGAGACAGUGUCCUCUGUACUGGUCAUAGCUUUGAGGUCCGACCCCUUCCAGAUGAAAGAGCUGGAUCUGAGCUACAAUCCCCUCGGAGACAUUGAAUUGGGUUUCCCUUUUCAGCUGAAGCUGAACCUGGAGCACCGAGGAGAGAGCAGGAAUAAACCGGGUCUGCAGAAAUAUGCAUGUGAACUCACACUAGACCCCAGCACAGCGAACGAUUUCCUCGUUCUGUCUGGGGGGGGCAGGAAGGUGACGUGCCAGAGGACGGAUCAGAAGUAUCCCAUCACCCAAGACAGGUUUGAUAAAUGCAAGGAGAGCCUGGACAAGCGGCAUUACCUGGAGGUGGAGUGUCUCCACAGCGUUCACAUAGGCAUGGCCUACAAGGGAAUCCACAGGAAAGGAACCGGUGACAACGUAACACUAGGAUGCAAUGCCAAUUCUUGGACUUUGUACGCCUCGAAGUAUAAGGGCCAUACCCAGCACAAAGACAUGCUACACAGGUUACAGAUCCCCCAAAUCAAAGCACAUGUGCCCUACAGAGUAGGAGUGUUUCUGGAUUGGCCGGCCGGCACGUUGUCCUUUUACAUGAUCGACCAAUAGGGUGCACUGACCCAUCUGUAUACAUUCCACACCACAUUCACUGAGCCUCUUUAUCUUGGGUUUGGACUGAACUCUCCGACCGCAACCGUCCAUCUCUUAUAGUCACAGCCUACGACAGGGGACUGAACUCUCCGACCAUCUCUUAUAGUCACAGCCUACGACAGGGGACUGAACUCUCCGACCAUCUCUUAUAGUCACAGCCUACGACAGGGGACUGAACUCUCUGACCAUCUCUUAUAGUCACAGCCUACGACAGGGGACUGAACUCUCUGACCAUCUCUUAUAGUCACAGCCUACGACAGGGGACUGAACUCUCUGACCAUCUCUUAUAGUCACAGCCUACGACAGGGGACUGAACUCUCUGACCAUCUCUUAUAGUCACAGCCUACGACAGGGGACUGAACUCUCCGACCAUCUCUUAUAGUCACAGCCUACGACAGUGGACUGAACUCUCCGUUCAUCUCUUAUAGUCACAGCCUACGACAGUGGACUGAA